UCAUUUUUAUGUAAAUGGAUAUUCUAAGGUUUUUAAUAAAACAAUAUAUGUUUCCGAAUGAUAGAUAACAUCCACUACACUGUCAACUUUUUGCGUUAUUCGUUCAUUGCAGCUUAAACCCUCCUCGUUAAACGAUUUUGUUUGUCUCAAGGCUGCAUAUAUAUAAUGCAAGAUUUGUUGCAGCCGUUUCAUUGCAGAGGAAUCUCACAAAUCAACUGUUCAAUUCUGUGGUGCUAGAAAUAGGAAUCUAGCUGUGCAUCCGGCAUCAAGCAGAACCGCCAUGAGGCUCAUUCCGUUGUGUUUGAUGUUCGGCGUAAUUGCACUGAGGCCCGUCGCGGCAACACGACUAAGCAAAUUGGAGGAGGACGUCAAAGUUCUUAACAACUUCAUAAUUAAGGAGUUAAGACACGUUCGAGAUGAGGUCGAAGCAAUCUCAUACAGAGUCGAAAUUCUGGAAAAAUCCACAGUUAAGCACAACCAGAGAAGCUCUAACCAGGACAUGGAAAUUACUUCUCAUUAUAUUAGGGAUAAAACUAAAGAAAGUGGUGAGCAAUUUGAAGACGAUAGAAAUAACGACGCAAGUCAUGUUGUACUGGCAAUUGCAGGAAAUAUUCGUGAGGCUUACUCGAAUGACAAAAAGGACUUACACAUUCUAAAGCAUGAUGUUAAAGGCCAGCUGGGAGAGCUUGAACAACAGAUAACCAAUCAUAUUGAGAACCUGACGACAAACGUACAGCAAAGCAUCGAGGACGUUCAUGUACACAUAUCGCUGGCAAACAUUACUUUAUUAGAGUUCAUCAAUCGGUCUGCUUCAAACGUAAGCAUUUUUGCUGACUUUAUAAAACAAGAAAUGGCUGAGUUCAUUAUAAAUGCUGGUGAGCAAAUUGAUUUAAGAUUGAAUGAAACUGAGGCAAAAUUGAACGAGAGUAUUUCGUCUACGUUUCGCCAGAAUGAGGAGAAACUCCAAAGAUUCAUCGCUAUCACUGAUUACAAUGUUAGUGAGACUAUGCUUGAAGCAGAGAGCAUUGUCAAUUUAAUCCGUACUAAUUUUUCGGAAAUGUCGACUCAAGUUACUAAUGUAUCUUUAGAGCUACAAACGAUCAGAAAAGAAGUACAAGAUGCAGAUGAAAGACUGUGGAAUUCAUUUGAGUUAACUUCCAGCGAUUUAGGGAAAGAAAUUGCUUCUUUGAAGAUAUGUUUAAGGUCUAACAUAAAAAUAACAAAUGAUGAUUAUUAUUACCCAUGCGCAAAAGACAUCCGUCUGGCUAAUGCGCAUCAAUACCGCAACGGCGAGAUCGUGGGGCGUCUUGAAGUCCGUCACAAUGAUGAAUGGGGCGCACUGUGCCACGAUACUUAUGAUAUGUAUUUACACUCUGGUGAACCAUAUAUAACAAAGAAUGUUAACGUGGUGUGUAGGACGUUUGGGUUCCGGGAAUGUGACUAUAUUGUUACUUCUUAUGGUUGGCACAUGGGCAGUAAGAAAAAAUGGAUGGACAACGUGAAGUGUCUGGGCACAGAGAGUAGCAUUCUCGAAUGUCCACACGAUGGGUGGGAGGUUAAAAAAUGUGGUCGUUAUUAUGGUUAUGGUAAAGAAGUAAUGUACCGUUUAAAAGGUUGAUUGGUGACCCAGUAUAUUCACUUCCAUCACUGACCUUAAUGAAUUGUGGCAUUCAUAUUGACGUUAAAUUACUUCUGUAGAUUACUGAACCAGAUAACUAUUGUAUUUAAAUGCCUACCCGACCUUUUACAAUGAACUUAAAAUAAUAUUUUAAACAUGUCAAAUAUAAUAUCUGAAGAAUUUAUGAUAUAUUUGCUUCAGAGUAUCAGUGGUGCUUGACAGUGGUUGUUAUUGAAAAGGUAGACAUUAAGUCUGUCAUAGGUAAAACAAAUAGUCAACUCAAUCAGGACGUUCUUAUAAUAUGAUGUUAUUUAUUAGGUGAUUUCAUAUUGGCCCAGUUAUUUGUCCGAGGUCUGUAAGAAUGUACUUAUUAAGAAUUGGAAUUCACUUUUCUUAUCUUAAGACUGUGAACAGAAUAUUGAAAAUAUGUGAAAGUAGAAUAUGCUUGAGGAUUCUGACUUUGUUAAAGCAUGCAGUAUGAACUAAAACGUUCUCAUUGGAUGCGUAAAUUUGGAUUAUUCUUUUUGCCGAUCGAUGUGUAUACGAAAGAUACUAGUAGGAGAAGUAUAUAGUUUAUUAAAUUUUGCGGAGCAAAAACAGGUUGAA